GAGUCCCAAACAAUAACAAACACAGAUAACAAACUAAUUGGGUAAAAUGUCUGAAGUAGACGAUAUGCCAAGGAAAAGGGAAAGGUCUGCUGCUGAAAUUGUUCAACAAAUAAACGCUAAAAAUGCAAAGUUAUUAGCGUUUGUGAUGGUCUUAGGAUUUAGUUGUUACCAUGGAAUUCUACAUUUAAGAUAUGGGAUUGAUUCGUGCAAAUGGCUUCUGUCUGACGGCAGGUUCCAAGGCGACCGCGAGUGGCAGCCGUAUGGUUGCAUGAUGCAUCAGUAUAGCCAACUAGACACGAGGAGAUGCCUGCGGUACUUGGCGUACUACGGCCAGCACAACCACUUUGUGUUUGUGGGCGACUCGCGGGUGCGGCAGCUGUACUCUGCGUUCCUGAGCAACGUGGAGCCCGGGGACGCCCAGCGCCCGACCGCGUCGUCCCAGCGGGGGUCCCGGGACCUGCUGUUCGAGGACUCCCAGCUCAUGCUGAGGGUGGAGUUCCUGUGGAGGCCGACCGUGUCCGAGCAGAUGGCGGCGGACUUUCUCCGGUGGAAGAAACAGGAUGAUCCACCGAGUGUCAUCGUAGUGGGAUGUGCCAUACAGACCAUGGUCGAGGGAAAUGGUUCUACAGAUGCCUUGAACGAGUACUCUAUGAACCUUACAUACCUCGUUCAGGCGAUCGAUGCCAUAGUGGAGAAGAAGCGUUACGUGUUGUGGGCCCUGCAGGCGCCCGUCAACGAGGAGAAACUGCCCGCUUCACUCUCCAUGGUGACCAACAAGGAAAUAGAUGUGUACAACAAAGCUGCUGUCGAGGUGCUGCGGCACAGCGCGGCCCAGGUGUGGGCGAGCGCGCGCCUGGUGGCACGCGGCACGCUGGACGAGAGCGCUGACGGCCUGCACCUCGGGCCGCUGGGGCUCAGGCACGCCGCCCAGAUCCUGCUCAACCUGCACUGCAACGACAACAUGAACUUCGACGACGGCACCUGCUGCAGCAGCGCCGAGCCCUACACCGCCCUGCAGGUGGUCACCUUCUCCCUGCUGGGCGUCUGCCUGGCGACGGCGGUGGCCUUGUGGCUGCACCGCCGGUGGCAGCGGUGGAAAGGCACGGCCCCCGUGGCCUUCGCCCCCCUGAGCGAGCACAGCAAGCAGGCGGCGGCCACGGACGCACGCACGCUGCUGGCCUGCCUGGCGAGGAUGGCCGUCAUCAUGGCCUACUUCUACCUGUGCGACCGGACAAAUUUCUUCAUGAAACAAAAUAAAUACUACACACCGGUCAGUUUCUGGCUGCCGUUUGCGUACAUAUUUGCACUGGGCCUGUUUUUCACAGAUGACAGCCGUUCCACUAAAGUCCUUCAUCGGGAGCAGACUGAUGAGUGGAAAGGCUGGAUGCAGCUGGUGAUACUGAUCUACCACAACACCGGGGCCAGCGGCGUGCUGCCCAUAUACAUGCUGGUGCGUGUGCUGGUGGCCGCCUACCUGUUCCUCGCCGGCUACGGCCACUUCUGCCACUUCUGGCACACGGGCGACGCCGGCCUGGUCCGCUUCUUCCAGGUGAUGUUCCGCCUGAACUUCGUGACGGUGAUGAUGUGCCUGUGCAUGAACCGGCCCUACCAGUUCUACUACUACGUGCCGCUGGUGUCGUUCUGGUUCUUCAUGGCGUACCUGGUGAUGGCGCUGCCUCCCCGGGUGACGGCCGCCUCGUCCGAGAGCAACCCCCUGCAGCUCCUCUACCUGGUGCUCAAGUUGGUCGGCCUGUUCGGCGUCAUCACCGUGCUGUACAUGUCCGAGGUAUUCUUCGAGAAAGUGUUUGUCACGCGGCCGUGGAAGGCACUCUUUGUGACGACGGAUGAUGACAUUCAUGAGUGGUGGCAUCGUUGGAAGCUGGACAGAUACAGCAUUUCGUACGGGAUGGUGUUCGCGGUGGCGUAUCUGCUGGCCCAGAGGUACAGCCUCCUGGACGACAACAACCACAGCAACAUCUUCUCUCCACGCAUCGCGCUGUUGGCCACCCUGCUGUUGCUCGCGGGGCUGGGCAGCUACGCCGCCUUCGCGCUGCUCUGCCACAACAAGCAGGAGUGCAACGAGAUACACUCCUACACCGUGUUCGUUCCCGUGGUGAGCUACGUGGUCCUGCGCAACAUCUCGGGAGUGCUGCGCACGCGCCACUCCAGCUUCUUCGCGUGGUUCGGCCGCAUCUCGCUGGAGAUGUUCAUCUGCCAGAGCCACGUGUGGCUGGCGGCGGACACGCACGGCGUGCUGGUGCUGCUCCCGGGCUACCCCGUGCUCAACUCCCUCGUCGCGGCCUUCGUGUUCGUGUGCGUGGCGCACGAGGCCCACCGCAUCACGCACACGCUGGUGCCCUACGCCGUGCCGCCCGACUGGAGGCUCGUGCUCCGCAACGUGCUGCUGUUCCUGGCCGUGCUCGUGCCCAUCGGCAUCCACGACGGCAUGUUCUAGUCCGCGCCGACGCCUGCACGGACGUGACAGCUUUCCUUUUUAUGUCAAGGAACCUAAAAUAAAGUGCUGUGAAUUGAAGUGCUUCUUCAAAUCAACAAUCAAUUUUAUUUUCAUACUUGUUAUUUUUGUGGAGUGCAUUUUGACAUUCCUUCAGCUGGACGUAAAAUGGAGAUGGGACAAGACUCGAAAACUUGAGUAGCUAAAGUUCGACUUGACUUGAAAGUCAAGUUCAUUCUACUCGACAGGACGAGACAUGACAAUCUUUUUCUUAUAACUGGAUACAUAUUUGACAUUUUCGAUGAGCACAAAAUUGCGUACCAUUAUUUUGCAAACACUUUACGGCAUAGUCUCACAUUUACAUUAUCAUAGUUUUCUUAAAGUAUGGUUAAUUUUACAUAAUUACACUGCCCAAAAAAUGUAAAAAGUUUAUUCCGCUAUUUAAGUUUUAGAACACUAGAAAUGACGAUAUUUUGGAAUGACCUACUCUACAUCAUAGAUGUGUAACAUAGCAAACAAACUACGACAAAUAAAUAUUGCUUGGAA